GAAGAUGGGAACAUCGAGUACAAGCUGAAGCUCGUGAACCCCUCGCAAUACCGCUUUGAGCACCUGGUGACGCAGAUGAAGUGGCGGCUGCAGGAGGGCCGAGGCGAGGCCGUCUAUCAGAUCGGCGUGGAGGACAACGGGCUGCUGGUGGGCCUCUCGGAGGAGGAGAUGCGCGCCUCGCUCAAGACGCUGCGCCGCAUGGCAGAGAAGGUUGGGGCUGACAUCACGGUACUGCGGGAGAGGGAGGUCGAUUACGACAGCGACGUUCCAAGGAAGAUCACAGAGGUGCUUGUCCGAAAGGUGCCUGACAACCAGCAGUUCUUAGACCUGCGAGUAGCUGUGCUGGGGAAUGUGGAUUCAGGGAAGUCAACCCUCCUGGGUGUCCUAACACAAGGAGAGCUAGACAACGGACGAGGCAGAGCGCGCCUCAACCUCUUCCGUCAUCUCCAUGAAAUUCAAUCAGGAAGAACAUCAAGCAUCAGCUUUGAGAUCCUUGGCUUCAACAGCAAAGGAGAGGUGGUAAAUUACAGUGACUCCCGAACAGCAGAAGAGAUCUGUGAGAGUUCAUCCAAAAUGAUCACUUUCAUUGACCUGGCUGGCCACCACAAGUAUCUGAAAACAACCAUCUUUGGCCUUACCAGCUACUGCCCAGACUUUGCUAUGCUGGUGGUUAGUGCCAACACUGGCAUUGCAGGCACCACGCGAGAGCACUUGGGUUUGGCCAUGGCCCUCAAGGUCCCCUUCUUCAUUGUCAUCAGCAAAGUUGACUUGUGUUCAAAAGCCACUGUGGAACGGACAGUGAAGCAGCUGGAGCGAAUCCUGAAGCAGCCAGGCUGCAACAAGCUCCCCCUCCUUGUGAACUCAGAUGAUGAUGCUGUUACAGCAGCUCAGCAGUUUGCACAGUCUCCCAACAUCACCCCAAUCUUCACACUGUCCAGCGUUUCUGGGGAGAACCUGGAUCUCUUAAAAGUCUUCCUCAACAUCCUCCCUCCACUAACCAACAGUAAAGAGCAGGAAGAACUAAUGCAGCAACUCACAGAGUUUCAGGUUGAUGAAAUUUAUACUGUGCCAGAGGUGGGGACUGUUGUGGGAGGAACUCUGUCAAGUGGGAUCUGUCGAGAAGGGGAGAACCUGGUGGUUGGUCCGACUGACGAUGGGAAGUUCCUCCGCCUGAAAGUGUGCAGCAUCCAGCGCAACCGCUCGGCCUGCCGCGUGCUGCGGGCCGGGCAGGCAGCCACGCUGGCCCUGGGGCCCUUUGACCGCUCCCUGCUGCGGAAGGGCAUGGUCAUGGUGAGCCCAGAAAUGAACCCCACCAUCUGCUCCGUGUUUGAAGCUGAGAUUGUGCUGUUGUUCCAUGCCACGACUUUCCGAAAGGGGUUUCAGGUGACGGUGCACGUAGGAAAUGUGCGACAGACUGCUAUAGUAGAGAAGAUCCAUGGAAAGGACAAGCUGCGGACAGGAGAGAAGGCAGUUGUCCGUUUCAGGUUCAUUAAGCAUCCUGAAUACUUGAAGAUCGGAGCCAAACUGCUUUUCCGUGAAGGAGUCACCAAAGGCAUUGGCCAUGUCACUGAUCUCCAAGCCAUCACCACCAAAGAAAAUGGCCUGGAGGAGUCCCUGGGGCCUGGACAGCUGAGCUUCUGA